CUAGUGGUCAUUAAAUGGCGGACAUUCCAAAACAAAUAUGCACAAAUUGAACUUGUUUUCUGUUUUUUCGCAUGUGACGAAUUCAUAGAUACAAAUCGUAUUUAUUUGACAGUCAACCUGUUUGGUGGCCGUGGUCUUCAACAUGGCUCCUGUUGACUGGGACACGGUCAUGAAGGCCAAGACCUCGAGCCUUUCAGACGAUGAUGCCGAUAAUUUGUUUGCUCUUCUUAGUGAGGGUGAUCCAGGUGAUGAAACUGAUGCGGCUCGUUUGAAGAAGCUCUUCCUGGUCACCAGAGCCGUGAUGGUGAACAAACACCAACAGGCGGAAGGUCUGAUGGACGAGGUCGAAAAGGAAGCUGUUCAAAAUACAAAGAAGGAACAAGAAAAAGAGAAAGAGAUAAAGCAAUUACGAAAACAAAUUGAAGAACUGGAGAAAUACGGUCCCGCUGAUGGCGGCGGAACACAGAGAGCGGCUCCAAUCAUGCGCGAACAGCUCCGUGAACUGGAGGAAGAAAACGAGCAGCUGAGAACAGAAAUCAAGGAACUCCAGAGAGAUCUCACCAACGAGAAGAACGCUGCAGAAAAAUACAGUGCAAGAAUAAGUGAUUUGGAAAAGGACUUGAAGGAACUACGGGAUGACAAUGAUCAGAUGCGACAGGACAUCAGUGACUACAAGAUGCAACUUGAAGCACAGAGAGUCAAUGUGGUGUCGCAGCACGGGGAGGAACAGAUGUACAGAACGAAACUGAAAAACAAGAACCACGAGCUCGCGGAGGCCAUGGAAGAAAUUCAGAACCUGACAGACCAGAUAGAACAACUUCAGUCUGUGAACAACAACCUGCAACACCAGCUGGCGGAGGCCACAGAACAGAUGAGUCAGAUAACCGAGAACGAUCUCAAACUUAAGGCUGUUCUUCAGAAAAGUGACAGUGAAACAGAUCGCUUGAGGGAAGAAAACAAAAUCUUAAAGAAUCUGGUGGAUGAUCUCACAGAACAAGUACAGUCGAAACGAGAGUCUGACGAUGUCAUCAUGGUGGCCGUCAACAACAAAAUAGAGGAAUGGAAGGAACUGGUGAACGAGAAGAACCAGCAGAUUCUUGACCUGCAGGAGACAGUGGCCCGUCUCAAGGAACAGCUCAUUGCCGCUAACAUGGACACGGACAAAACAUCGGUUUCAGCACUCGGACAGAUAAUUAUGGACAAGGACCAUGAGAUUGGUGAACUGACUGAGCGCGUACAGCUGUACACAGAGGAAAUGGAGCGUAGUGCGGCCAUCAUUGAAGACCUCAAGAAUGAACUCAACAGAGCUGAGAAAGGCGCUGGUGGAGAACGACUCCAGGCGAAGAUUGUUGAGUUGCAGAAUGAAAGUAAAAACCUCAAGGAGGAGGUGAAGCAGCUGAAGGAACACGUCAAACAGAUUGAAGAAGAUGCUCAAGCCAAAGACAAGGAACUAAUAGAGGCACUGGAACAACUUGAUAAAUACGAGAGGGGUGAAUAUGGACUUAAAUAUCCAGUUGAUGUCAGCAAUACUGUCCCUUCAUCAAUAAUAUAUUUGCCAUGUUUGUCUUCUUUCAGGGUGAAUAUGGACUUAAAUGUCCUGCCCUUAAAGUUAAGAGAUCUAGCAGACCUUGAAGAAUUUACACAGCACAUCAACAAGGCAGAAAUGAGAAUUAACGACAUCCUCGAUGAAAAUGAAGAGCUGCGAUACCGUCUCGGCCUUGACCCUAAGGAGCCAUUGGAUAUGAAGGAGUUUAAGAAAAACAAGGCUGUUCGGAAAGAAGAAGACCGAGCAUUGAACUUCGCUUUGCAAGGAGAGAUUGAAAGACUUGAGGAGGAAAGAAUUGAUCUGAAGAAAAAGAUCAGAAAACUGGCUCAACAAACUGGACAAAGGGCUGUUGCACUGGGUCUGACUGCUGAAGACAUGUUGGCGGUACAAGACUUUACCGAAGAACUAAAGAUUCGCAAAACACAGGGUCAGCCAACCAGCACAGCUGCAAGAAUCGUCCACGACGUUGAAAGAGAAGACAGACAUAUUCGUGGAGAACAGAUCGACAGAGAAUUCCUGAAGAACCAGCUGGAACUGGACCGGAAGGAUGAAGAGCUGUCUAAGUUACGAGUGAUGGUGCGCGAGGUGCAGGAGGAGAACAAACACCUCGAGUCGGGCCUCAAAGAGGUCAUGGAGGUCAUGAAGAAAAGUGGGAAAGAGACUGACAGUGAAAUUGAGCCUGUGUCAUUCCCCAGUAUUGACAAAAUGUUGGCUGCGAUUGAAGCGAAGAAGGUUGUCGGUAGUUACGACACGGCUCUGUACAUGAAGGAACAGAUGGACGUACUGCGGGGGAGGAACGAGGAACUGAGGGCUGUGCUCCGGGAGACGCGAGUGGAGUGUAACAAGUUGUUACUAGAGCGAGACAAGGCUUUUGAUAAGAUUGGUAAGAUGGAAAAGGACUACCAGAUGUUCCAGGAGGCGGGUAUCGCCCCGGGCGUCUUCCAGCCGCUGCCUCUCCCCGACGGGAUGGCCGUGUCCAGCACCGAGGUGAUCGCCAGUCUCAACGAACACCUCGUCGUUGUCCUGCAGGAACUGUCGCUGAAGGAAGAAAACAUGAAGAAAAUCGAGACAGCUUUGGAAGACUAUAAACGGAAAUAUGCAGUCAUGAGACACCAGCAAGGCCUUUUGUAUCAAGACUAUCUUAAUGAUAAAAAGGAAUGGGAGGCUGAAAUGGACAAAUUGAAAGAAGAGUUAGGGAAAGUAAGAGGUGAAUUUGAAGAAAAUACGGUCAGAGUUCAAGAAUUUGAUCGGCUGAUAGACACUUUGUCACAAGACGAUGUUGAGGUGCGACGCCGUCUGUCUGAGAUGACGAGGCGCAUCACAGUACUGAGGGUGAACGAGAAAGCCUUGACGAGACGACAUCAGAUAAUGCAGGAGGUCGAAGGAAACUUGAGGAAGGAAGUAAACAAUUGUCGGAAUGAGAUGAAUCAGAUGCAGACUACAAUAUCAGAGAGGAUGGGCUAUCUACAGAGAUACAAGGAUAUGUCAUCGUUCAAGAUGGCUGCUCUGCAGAAGUCUCUGGAAGACUCUGUUCCGUCAUGUGACCUUGACAAGGUGAACCGGCAGUACCACGAGCUGACGGAGAAGUACAGAGACCUGCUCGAGAAGGGCAACACGCUCGUCUCCAGGGCCGAGGCUGUCGUCGGUCUACAGGAGGAGGUGAAGCGACUAAUGAGUGAAAAUGAAGCCAUCAAGCGACAGGCGGAGAUGGACAAAGAGAAGUUACACGCUUUGGAGGCGGCAAUGGAGGAACUGCAUCGGAGAGGCUUCAUGGAUGGUGCUGACAUCUCGGUGACUGAUGCCGACAUUGUUUCAAUCUCCAAGAAGAUAACGAUGUUGGAGAUGAAGGAGCUAAAUGAACGACAGCGGUCGGAACAUGCCGUGCGCAUGUACGAACAGCAGCGGGAAAUACUGCGCGAUCUCGAGGCUCGCAACAAAGAACUCGAGGAUAAGUUUGCCGAGGUGACGAAACUGAACUUGGAGAUGCAAAAAGCCGAGAGAAAGUUAAGAGAUGAACUGGCCAUAAGUGACAGAGACCGGAAGCGGAUACUGGACCUGGAAGAGUCAGAACUAAUGUUGAAACAGGAAAUAUCCAAACUCAAGGUGAUUGGUUAA